ACAGACAACGGCGUCAAUCGGCAUCAGCGAAAUAUUCUGCUCUAGUAGUUUAGGGUUCUGUUAUUUUUAUUGUUAUUCUACGAAAGUAGUGUUUCAAAUCGUAUCAUAGGAGACUUCCUGAUUUAUUAAGCGAAACAAGUGUCUUUGAAGCACCAAAGAUGCUUCGAAGAGGAGGGAAAAGAAUCAGGAUGGAUGAUCCUCCUGAAGAUUAUGAACCACCUUUUACACCAUACUCGAUACAACCACAGACCCCCAUGGAUCAGCAAAGCAGCACAUUUGGUGGGCAAUAUGGACAGUACAAUGAUAAUGGUUCCAUGCAUUAUGAUUCUGGACCUAAUUCCAACUUGGACUAUGACCAAAAUGUUGGUCAAGUGCAACAGAAUAUGAAUGCAUUUCAUUCCAGUCAUCUGGAAGAAACAACCACAGCAAGUUUACCUGGUGGGCGUGGGCGCUUGACUCGCAGUUCUAGAGGCCGCAGACAUACAGUUGUUACAAACCCUCAGAGAGUAAUAUCUAGUCCAGAAGACACUCCUGUACCAACACCAAGUCCUGCCCCUCGACGAAGAGGACGCCCUAGGAAAAAUCCUGUUUUGGAGCACUCCUCAGUUGAUGAUGAAAGUACCCUGUUUUCCAUCAUCAGAUCUGGCAAAAGUUCUUUACAGCAAAUUGUAGAUGAAUGGAUCGAGCAGUACAAAGCUGACCGCGAUUCAGGCUUGCGUGCCAUAAUGCAGUUUUUUAUCAGCGCUUCAGGUUGUAAAGGAAAAAUAACAUCUCAAAUGCAGAGUAGUAUGGAACACGCAGCUAUUAUCCGCCGAAUGACUGAAGAAUUUGACGAGGAAAGUGGAGAAUAUCCAAUGAUUAUGUCUGGUCCUCAGUGGAAGAAGUUUCGAAGCAAUUUUUGCGAUUUUGUGCAGACUCUUGUGAAGCAGUGUCAAUACUCUAUCAUUUACGAUCAAUACCUGAUGGACAAUGUAAUCUCCCUUUUAACCGGCUUAUCUGAUUCGCAAGUUCGAGCAUUUCGCCAUACUGCAACUUUAGCGGCGAUGAAAUUAAUGACUGCGUUAGUUGAUGUGGCUUUAACGGUGUCGAUCCAUCUUGAUAAUACUUCUCGUCAGUAUGAAGCUGAAAGGCAAAAAACUCGAGAUAAACGAGCCAGUGAUCGUCUCGAAGCUUUACUUGCCAAGCAUCAAGAACUGGAAGAAAAUAUGGAUGAAAUUAAGAAUAUGCUAACCUACACGUUCAAGUCGGUCUUUGUUCAUCGCUACCGAGAUAUUGUUCCAGAGAUUCGAGCCAUUUGCAUGGCAGAAAUCGGGAUUUGGAUGAAAAGGUUUCCACAAAAUUUCCUUGAUGAUUCGUAUCUGAAAUAUAUCGGGUGGACACUUCAUGACAAAGUCGGCGAUGUUCGCCUGAAAUGUCUGCAGGCACUUCAACCACUCUAUGCAUCAGAAGAACUUAAAGGCAAGUUGGAACUGUUUACCAGCAAAUUUAAGGAUCGUGUCGUUUCAAUGACAUUGGACAAAGAAUAUGACGUAGCAGUUCAAGCAGUUCGUUUAAUUAUCAGCAUUCACAAGUAUCAUCGAGAAAUAUUGUCCGACAAGGACUGUGAAGCUGUUUACGAGCUAGUUUUCUCCUCUCAUCGUGCUGUUGCUCAAGCUGCUGGCGAGUUUCUGAAUGAACGGCUUUUUACACUUGACGAUACCACUCCUCCGGCUCUUCGCACUCAUCGUGGAAAAAAGAGAUUACCUAACACGCCUCUUAUUCGCGAUUUGGUUCAGUUUUUCAUCGAAUCAGAGUUACAUGAGCACGGAGCAUAUUUAGUUGAUUCUUUGAUUGAUUCUAAUGAAAUGAUGAAAGACUGGGAGUGCAUGACAGAUUUGUUGAUGGAGGACCCUGGACCAGGAGAAGAAUCACUAGAUGACCGACAAGAAACUAGUUUGAUUGAAUUGAUGACAUGUUGUAUUAAACAAGCGGCAACGGGAGAACCCCCUGUCGGACGAGGGCCCACCAGAAAAAUUACCACCGCAAAAGAAACAAAACAAGCUCAAGAUGAUCGUGUACGGCUCACCGAACAUUACAUACAAACCCUUCCUCUGUUACUCGGUAAAUACAUUGCGGAUCCAGAAAAGGUGGCAAACCUUCUCUUAAUCCCUCAAUAUUUCGAUAUGGAAAUCUAUACUACCUCACGGCAAGAAAAGAACUUAGAAACACUAUUACGAUUAAUGCAAAAUGUGGUUGAAAGGCACACUGAAACUGAAGUACUUGAAAACUGUGCCAAAACACUGGAAAUUUUAUGUACUGAAGACCAUGCAAUCUAUUCCCGUUGUGACGUAAUACGGAGCACUUUAGUCGAUCGAUUGGUUAACAAACUACGUGAAGUUUUUGACGAACACGAAACGCUGAUUGCCGGUGAUGAGGAACCCAACGAAGAUGAGAUAUUCGCCCUGGUAUCAAGUUUGAAAAAAGUUGCGAUUUUCUGGUCGUGCCACAAUCUUGGUCCAUGGAACCUAUGGGAUCCUCUCUUCAACGCUGUUCGAGAUGCCAAAGACGGAAACCGAUCAAUGCCACCUGAGGCUAUCAAAUAUUGCAUUUCAGCUUGUUAUUCCGCUAUUUUAUGGGAACUUCUACAACUCGAAAACGGUUCUGGACGAGGAACUUCUGCCGCGCAGCAACAAAAGCAGCUAAGAGAUCAUCUAGAUGCCUACAUCCCGUUGAUGACUGAGCUUGUAAUCACUUCAAACGUUGCUCUUUUUAGGGAAGAGGCAUAUAUAUCUGUAUGUGAUUUACUCAUUUCAUUUUGCAAGCAACUAGAAGACAAUCCUCUUCUAAGACCGCUUGUUUAUGAGCCUGAUCGUGGUCUUCAGCAAACUCUGAAUGAUUUUAUUCAAACCUAUGUUUUUGUUGAAGAAGAAGACGAAGAACAAGAUGAACAUACUAAAAUUGAAGAAUUGCACAAACGCCGUAGCUACUUGUCCAGUUUUUGCAAGUUGGUCGUUUAUAAUGUACUACCUAUCAAAACGGCAGCAGAGGUUUUUCGCCACUAUGUCAAAUACUAUAAUGACUACGGCGACAUAAUCAAAACAACACUCGGAAAAGCCAGAGAAAUCAACAAAGUAAGCUGUGCCAGAACUAUGGUCCUUAGUUUGUCCAUGCUGUUUCGCGAUCUUCAUCGGGAUGCUGGCAGCCGUAUCGAUCGUCAAUCGGAGGAGUUUAUGAGUGUCAAAGAAUUAGCGAAACGAUUCGCCCUCUCAUUCGGUCUCGAUGCGCUGAAAAACCGCGAAGCUAUCACUGCCCUGCACAGAGAUGCCAUUCUCUUUGCCACCAAUCCACUUGAAAAUCCAAAUGACCCAACUGGUCCUCCACCUAAUUUGGCGUUUCUUGAAAUCGGUGCCGAGUUCACAAACAAACUUUUGAAGCAAGAUAAGCGGAUGGUUCUCCAGUUUUUGGACAGAAUUCUUACGAUGGGCAUGCCUUCAUCCCGGGGUGAGGAGUGGCAGCCUCUCUUGCUGUAUCGCAACUCCUUGGUCCACGGUGAAACCGAUCUACCCCCACAGACUGCCAGACGCGCAUACGGAAGACGUCGCCGGGACGCAGGUGGAGACGAUGGCGAAAACGUCGAUGACAACGACGACGCUGGCUCAGAUCAGGAUUUUACUGGUUAUUAAUGUGAACAAUUGGAAAAACAACUCAGAUGUGUUGCUAGACUUCAUGCUGUAAACAAGGACACAAUUUCACUUAUUUUCUAUUCUCCACUUGAUCGGAUGUUCUUGUAAAAUCCGCUUCGUUUAAACGAUUAUUUUUCGUCUUCAUUAAACGUUUUCUCAUAAAUACAUAAACUUCUUUCUUUU